GUCCAAAUUAGUCUUGCUUUCCGUUCUAAUUCGUUGCUGCUGAAAUCACACAGCGAUGGCUACAAUCUCUGAAACUUCCAACGACGGUUCUAACGGCGGCGAUCCAAACAUGAAACCCGAAGAAUCCCACAAGAACCCGCAAGAAGAAGAAGAAGAGAAUCAAAACGAGAACCCGAAAGACGAAAAUCAAGAAGACGAUCAUCAAGAAGAAGAAGUAGAGAAUCUUCCUCCGAUUCCUCGACAAAUCCCACUAGAACUAAUCGAAAAAACCAUCGCACCCAUCCGGAGAUGUCAUUACCCGUCGCUAUCUCUCCUCUCUAACGCCUUUCGUCAAGUAAUCUCUUCGGAGGAUCUCUUCCAAACUCGCUCGCGCAUCGGUUUGACUGAACCGGUUCUUUAUACCUUAAUCUCGUUCCCACCUUCUGAUCCCCCAAGAUGGUUCAUUCUCCAUCGGAGCAACGUCUCUCUAAAACUGACCAGAGUCACUUCUCUUCCUCCCAUGUUUCGUGGAUGCACUACCGUCACAAUCGGACACAAGAUGUACGUUAUGGGUGGAUGCAGGUCCUCCUCAAAUCGACCAGUAAAGACUGUGUUCGUCAUCGAUUGCAGAUUCCAUACGUGGCGCUAUCUCCCAAAUAUGGAAAGGGCUCGUUGCUACGCAGCCUCCGGAGUGAUUGACGGACAGAUUUACGUUGUGGGAGGUUGCACGAAACGACAUGAUGAUUGGAUCGAAGUGUUCGAUGUGACGACUGCGACUUGGGAAACUGCGCCUGGUUUAGUAUCCUCCCUUGCUAGGUCGCGUGCAAAGUUUGAUGUACAUGUGGUUUUGGAUAAUAUGAUUUACAUUUUGGAUGGUGAACAUUGUUUGGGUUACAAUCCAAGACUACGUAGAUGGGAGACUUGGGGAUUUGAAAGUCUGCAGUGGUAUUUCUGGCACGCGUCUUGUGUGGUUGAUGAUUUGUUGUAUGCCGUUGUUCCUAACUCGGUUCUUGGAUCUCCCAUUGUCGUGUAUGAUCCAAGGAAAAUGGCUUGGAGACCUGUCUAUGGUGUAGAUUACUUACCUAAUCUCGUUUAUAGUGAGUCUAGAUUGGCAAAUUUUGGUGGGAAGUUGGUGAUUUUGGGAUGUUAUCAAAGCCGGGAUAGAUUUGAUUGUUACGGGGAAGUAAAUGUUUGGUGCGUAGAGGUUGCAUUGGAAAAACGUGAAGAUGGUAAUAUUUGGGGGAAGGUCCAAUCACUCUCGCUUGUGAAUAAAUUCCGCAAGUCUCCUUUCUUUGAGCUUUCUCGAACUGUUACGGUUUGAUGAUUCGUGUUGCAGUUGCAAGGUGAAGGAUCUUUCUUACAUCUACUGUUUUAGCAGCUUGUUGAUAUGAAGCAAAAAAGUGGUGCAGAAGCUGUUUUAGCUACUUAUCUUUUUAUCUCACAUUAAAGAGUACUCUUUAACAGAAUUAGCCUUGUGUAGAUUUCUUAAGCUGUGUAUAAGUAGGCAGUACUUUUAGCCUUUAUACAAAAACUCUUACGAAACUUGUGUAAUGCAUCAGUCAGUUAGUUCUUUUUA